AUCAAAAUCCGUUGUACUUUGCCCGACCACUGGACGAUUUUUACAAGAUUUUAUCUGUAAAAAAUUAUAGAUUCUUCAUUGCAGACGAAAUUUUGAGUCCUUGUUUACACCAAUAAUCUUGCAAUGAGUUUCAUAAAAAAAUCCAUAAAUAAUUCUGUCGGAUCUUCAAUCGAAUCAAUCCGCCUCUUCGCACCGCCAGAUUUUUCUUUGCUGCCUCCGCCUAAUAUAUAGUUUGCUUCCGUUCAUUUCAUGAUUUGCAUAGUUAAACUCAAAUUUGAUUGAAAUUUUGGAUUUUUUGAGGACAAAGUAUGAGGAAGAUUGAUGAAACACCAGUUGAUUCAGUUCAAACUGCACUUUCCUUCUUUCGAGAGGGAAGUAGCACUGAGGGGAUAGAUAAAGACAUCGAAAUCAAAGUCCUAUUGAAACAACUUGAUGAAAAGGAGUCCUCCUGCAAGCAAGCGUUUCUUAAGGUAGAUCACUAUCAGAAAAUAUCAGAAGAACUUUCAACCCUGCUGAAGAACUCUGAUUUUAAGAAAGAAUAUUACAUAAAUGAAUGCCAAGAAAUAAAUAUUCGUGUAAAUGAACUUGAAUGCAAAAUUAAGGUGAUGACCAAUCAAUUAUCAGAAUAUGAGAUGACAAAAAAGCAGCUUUCCGAUAUUGCUGGCGAGUUAAUGUCAGCCCAAUCACAAAUUCUUAGCAAGGAAGCUGAAAUUGCUGAGUUGAAACGCUCAAAAGUUGAGUCCACUAUACAAAUCGAGGCUAUGGAAAGCGUUUUAAGCCAAGAAAAGCUGAAAAUGGAAGAGGUUUUAAUGCACAUGUCAGAACUAAAUGAAAAUAUUAUGCAUUUGAAGCUGAAAGCUUUUAGAGUAGAGAAGGAAAAAGCCGAGACAUUGUCUGAGAAAGAGGCUGAGUUAGAGAUAGAAGCAAAAAAAGUAGCUGAAGCACUGAAGCGAUUAGAAAUUAUGCAUGAUUUGGAGAAUCAGCUUCGGGAGAAGUCAGCAUUUAUAGAUUCACUGCAAUUGGAACUUAAGCAGGCAAAUGAGCUUCACAUUUGUUCUGAGAAAGUUGCUUCUGAAGCAACUUCCCAGUUAGCCCAGCUGAAAGCAGAUAUGGAACUGCAUUGGAGAAAGAACUUGGAUCAUGCUGCUUGUAUCAGUUUGCUUGAGACAGAACUUGAAAAAUUAAAGAUGGAACUCAGAAAAUCAGAAGAAGAGGUUUUCCACCUGAACAAAAAUGUUGAGAACAUGAAAUCAGAGUUCAGGAAGAUUAGAGCUGAAGCGGUUGAGAGUCAAGAAAAAGAGAAUGAGGCACAAGUUGAGAUUGCGUUACUGAAAUCUGAACUUCAGAAUGAGAGGUCGAAGCUUGCUGCAACUGAGGUUUCUGAAGCAAGAUCGAAGAGUGAAAUAUCAGCACUGCAUAACACACUUCAGCAGCUUGCAUUAGAACUCGAAGACACCAAGAAAGGGAAUCAAGAGUUAAAGAAAGCUAAAAGAUUGGCAGAUGAAAUUAAAAGAAAUAACAGUUCGGACCCCUCUGAAGAAAACCAUACUAAGUCCAUGGAACUUUCCAAAGCUGGCGAGGAGCAGAAAAUUGAGAAGAAUUCAUCCCUUCAUGAAUACGUGGAGGAAUCUGAGGGCUUGAAGAAAGAGUUAGAUGUUGCACUUUCAAAAAUUGGGGAGUUCAGGAUUCGAGCAGAACAGGCCAUUAGCAGAGCUGAGGCAGCCGAGAAGGCAAAAGCAGCACUUGAGGAAGAGAUAAAGAGGGGGAAGGAUCAUAAGGAAAGGAGAAAGGCUGCCAUAUCUGCAGUACAUGAAGAGUUAAGUUCUGGAGAUAUUAGUACCACUAAUGGUUUCAAACAUGAUGCUAUUAAAAACGACAGGUCUCUUGGUAAGGUUCUUAACAUUAAAUUUUAGUUUCAAAGAUCGUUUGAAUGGAUCUUUCGGUUGGGAAGAAAGUCUUCCAUUGUGUUCUAUUAAUUCUUAUGAACAUUGUUAAACCUUGAAUCAUAAAUAUGCUGCAGCUCUAUAAUCAUCUUUGGAUUCUUAUAGCUCA